UUUCACGUUUCACCUAUAUAAACUAAUGGUCCGGCCUAGGGCGAAUGUCAGUUAACAUUUCAUUUGCCAGCUGGACAGUUCGCCUGUCAUCAUCUUGUGCCGUCAUACUUUUUUCAUCGUCAGAUCUUUCGAUGAUCGUGAAUCAUAGUUUACUACAGCUUUCAGUGUGUGCCGCGCUGCUUCUCGAUUCUCCGCAGAAUAUUAACCACUGGUGAAAGAAAUUGUCAGAUGAGACAGAAGAAUGCUGAUGGUGUACCCGCUGUUUCUUCUGCCUUUGUUAACGGCGACCGAAACCACGCAGCCCACGAUGAUGCAGGAGAGUUGGAAGCCUCAGUUGGAAAAUUCGACGACUGCUACGGACUGGAUCAGUGAUAGCAUUCUGAACGCUGUGGACGAUGUUCUUCCUGUGACUCGUUCUUCUUUCGAAGCUCGCAAGAGGAAGAGACACAAGCUGAACAAAUACAUCCUCCCCUUGAUUGUGGGAGUUAUAUUAAUCAAAUCGAUUCUUCUGCCUAUAGCGUUGAAAACCUUGGCUAUAUUAAGUGGGAAGGCAGUGGUUCUGAGUUUGAUGAGUCUAAUUCUGGCAGCUAUCGUAGGAUUGAAGAAGGUCGCUCAGGCUCACUCGGCAAGUUACGAGGUGGUGAAUAUGCCAGUGAAUAAAUACAAGAGACAGGACUUUUUCGAGGGCGACGACACAAUGGACACUGAGCCUUACAAAUUUUACAGGGAACGCCACAGGAAAAAGUAA